AUGGCUCGAUGGAUUUUUGUGAGAUUCGGUUUCUUUCUUUCUACUAGUGAAUUUCUCAUCUCGGGACAUUCACAAGAAAAACAAUACGCUACUAUGGGAGUCCCCGCAUUGUUCAGAUGGCUCUCCAAGAAGUAUCCAAAAAUCAUCUCUCCAGUGAUAGAAGAGGAAGCAGUUGAAAUUGGAGGGAUAAUCCGGCCUCCAAGUUAUGCUAAUCCAAAUCCAAAUGGUGAGUUGGACAAUCUUUAUCUGGAUAUGAACGGUAUCGUGCAUCCGUGUUCUCAUCCAGAACAUAAACCUGCACCAGAGACUGAGGAUGAGAUGAUGCUUGAUGUGUUCAAGUAUACAGACAGAGUAUUGAACAUGGCGAGGCCUAGAAAGAUUCUGAUGAUUGCAGUGGAUGGAGUGGCUCCUCGUGCAAAGAUGAACCAGCAGCGAUCAAGACGUUUCAGGUCUGCCCAGGAGGCUAAGCUGGCCAAUGAGGAACGUGAGAGGCAGAUUGCUGAAAGAGAGACGAGGGGUGAGCAGAUUGAUUUGGCGAUCAAGGGAAAGAAGUCUUGGGAUUCUAAUGCAAUUACUCCUGGAACCCCGUUCAUGGAUACACUUGCCUCGGCGUUGAGAUACUGGGUGGCCUAUAAGCUGGCCAGUGACCCUGGUUGGGCAAACCUGCAGGUGAUCAUCAGCGAUGCUACGGUUCCAGGUGAGGGUGAACACAAGAUCAUGGGGUUUAUCAGGUCACAGAGAUCGGAUCCCGAGCAUGAUCCUAAUACCUCCCAUUGUAUUUAUGGUCUCGAUGCUGAUUUGAUCUUCUUGGGUCUGGCGACUCACGAACCCCAUUUCAGAGUUCUAAGAGAAGAUGUUUUUGCUCAGGAUAACAGAUCGAUGAGAUUGAAAGACCAGCUGACCAUUACCGAUGAUAUGAGAGCGAGAAUUGAGGAAAACGAUGCCAAGAAACCUUUUCUGUGGUUGCAUGUCAGCAUCUUGAGAGAAUACCUAGAGGUUGAGCUCAGUGUUCCCAGAUUGCCAUUUAAAUUUGAUUUGGAAAGAGCCAUUGAUGACUGGGUAUUCAUGUGUUUCUUUGUGGGUAACGAUUUCCUUCCCCAUCUUCCCUCAUUGGACGUGAGGGACAACGGUAUCGACAUUUUGAUCAACAUCUGGAAGCGUUCUCUUCCGUCCCUGGGUGGUUAUAUGACCAAAGACGGGCAUAUUGAUUUAGGAAUCGUUGAAAAAUUGAUGCAGCAAUUGGGUACUCAAGAAGAUGGAAUCUUCAGAAAGAGAUACGAGAAUGAGAGAAGGAGGGAAGACAACAAUAAGAGAUAUAAGGCCGAAAGGGAGCAGAACGCGGCCAUCAGAAACCAGUUUAUGUCUUCGGUUUCAAAGGGACAGGAUAAAGCUCCUCUUCAGCCCAACCAAAAUAUCCCGUUGUAUACUCCCGGAGGUCAGAGUGUUGGCCAGACUCAUAUGUCUAAUCACGAAGUGGUAGCAAACCGUGCUGCCGUCACCAUUGCCAACAUGGAGAAUAAAAAUGUGGCAGAGAUGUUGAAAGCGAAUCUCUUGAAGAAACCUGACUCGGUUAGUGCCGCUAGUGCUGUUGAAGUGAAAGCCGAGGAUGCUGCGCUCCCCGUGGAUGUCUCUGAGGCGUCCGCUGGCGAUAAGAGAACUGCUUCUGCGAUAUCGAGCGAUUCAGAGAGCGAUUUGAACGGGGACGCAAGGUUAUGGCAGCCAGGAUACAGAAGGAGGUACUACCAGAUGAAAUUUCACACUACGGAUGAAGACGAGAUCGAGAGGAUCAGGCACGAUAUGGUCAAGUGCUACUGCGAGGGAAUAUCUUGGGUGUUGUUGUAUUACUACCAAGGAUGCCCGUCAUGGAGUUGGUACUACCCUUACCAUUACGCCCCGUUUGCAGCUGACUUCGAGGGACUUGCAGGGACAAAAGUCACAUUUGAAUUAGGAAAACCAAUUUUGCCGUUUGAACAAUUGAUGAGUGUAUUGCCUGCUGCAUCUGGUCACAAUCUACCUGAAAUUUUCAGACCUCUGAUGAGCGAUCCCAACUCGGAAAUCAUUGACUUUUACCCCGAGGAUUUUGCCAUAGACAUGAACGGAAAGAAGAUGUCGUGGCAAGGAAUAGCGCUACUUCCUUUCAUUGACGCGCAGAGACUGUUAACUGCGGUGAGGGCCCAAUACCAGUUUUUGAGUGAGGCCGAAAAGGACAGAAAUGCUCUCAAGCACGAAGAGCUCUUCAUUAGUUGCCACAACAAAAAUUUUGCCCGGUUUAACGAAGAAUUAUACUUGAAGCAAACUACUGCCAGAAUUACAUUUCCUUCGUCAAACACUGGGUUGGCUGGUGAGGUUUACCCCAACGAGUUAUACGCCAACACUCGGUGUAUGCCGUACAAGCUCAGAGAGGGUGAUUACGAGGAUAUUCCUAACAAUGCCUACAUGAGAAUUGGAUACGAGAUGCCUCCUAAGGCAGAAGGCAAGUCUAUGCUUCUCACCGGUUUCAUUUCUCAUCUACGUGCAAUCACGCAGGAGGACAGAGAUGCCAUUAUGUACUCCGGUAACGGAGGCUACCACCGUAAUAACAGAGGCUAUCAGAACAAAGUGACCGAAGAUUACAAGAAAUAUGUGGGUCCUGCUAGUGAAAGCAUGUAUGGGCUGCGUGUUGGUGGAUACAAGGCGUUUCUUCAAUUGUACCAGCAGCAACAGCAGCAACCCGUGCAAGCCAAUUAUGCUCCAUCGUAUAACAACAGUCAGGGAUAUCACUCUAGCCAGGGAUAUCAGUCUAAUCAAGGUUAUCAGCAUAACCAGAACAGAGGCGGCUAUGGGGGCAGGGGCAGAGGUCGCGGUGGCUACCAUGGAGGAUCUAACGGCCACAAUGGUGGUCAUAAUGGGGGCUACAAUAACCACAAUGGAAAUAGAGGCUCGUACCAGCAGUCAGGGUACCAAAGACGUGACGACUACAGGAGGUAG